AUGGUGCGGCGCAGACGUCUGCCAAUCUCUAUCGCCUUCCGCUUGGCUGCAGUGAAAUGCAAAAGGGCUCAGUGUGUAAAAAUGGCGCGCAUUUUUCUCGAACUAUCGGGCUCAGCUAUCGGCAGCGUCGCACGUUUUCCACAGUUCUUGCCUCAGUGCUCUGCUAAGCUAUUUAGCAUAGUCGGUUUUUCCGUUCUACCUCUUUCCCCUACUCUCAGCUCUAGCCUACCCCCUCGGUCUAAUAGUUCUCCACUCUCGUCACCUUUUUCGACUCCUUCAUCUUAUACGAGACAAACCGACCGCACUUAAUAAACUUAACAGCAGCGCAGGGAUGUCGUCAUCCCUGCGCUAGCCUGUGAUAAUACAACUAUGAUGAGUCUUAGAAGGGUAUCAAAGAAGAUCAAGUAGCCGCAA